ACGUAAGGAGAGAAGGAGCGCAAAUUUUAGGAUUGCAGAGUGUGGCGCUUGUACGGAUUUGCUCUGGAGUCAAGUUGUUCUUGGAGGAGGUCUGCUUAACACUGAUCUUCUUAGUUGAGGUGCUGAAGAUGGCCAGGAGGAUGUUGGUAUCUUGUGUAUUGGCUGUUAUGAUUUGUCAGGUGUGGAGUGCUGAUCAGCCCAGAAAUAUCCAGGAGAUUCACCCUUGGAGGACCCAAGGCAAAGGAGUGGUGGCCAGGGUGAAAAGGGACUGGAUCAUUCCUCCAAUCAGAGUUCUGGAAAACAGCAAGCAUGUCCCGGAAAACCUGGUUCAGAUUAAGUCAGACAAAAUCUUUAAAGGUGAGGUGAUCUACAAAUUAGAGGGCCCAGGCGUGGAUCAGGCACCCAAAAAUUUCUUUGAGAUUGAUGACAAAACAGGAGUCAUCAGAAGCAAGCGGCCACUGGACAGAGAGAAAUACAACACCUUCACAUUGAAAGCCUUUGCGCUCUCGCCCAGUGGAGAGAGACUGGAGAAUCCUACCACCAUAGAAAUUGUAGUGCUGGACCAGAAUGACAACAGACCUGCCUUCACUCAAAAACAAUUCACUGGUGCUGUCUCUGAGUUUUCAGUCCCAGGUACAUCAGUAAUGUCAGUGUCAGCCAUAGAUGCUGAUGACCCUAUGACAGAAAAUGCUUUUCUUAGCUAUUCUAUCAUUGGCCAAGAGAGCAUCCCAGCCAAUGCUGUUACCAAGACAAUGUUUGGCAUCAACAACGUGACAGGAACCAUCUACACAAGAGACGUUGGCCUUGACAGAGAGGUAGUGAAGUCCUUCAGGCUAUUGCUACAGGUUGCUGAUAUGGGUGGUAUGGGGCUGACGGGUGAAGGUGUAGCCAUUAUUCAUAUAGCUGACAUCAACAAUCAUGCACCACAGUUCAACCCCAGCUCGUACAGCAUGACAGCAGUGGAGAACAGAAUUAACUAUGAGAUUGGUCGUGUCAAUGUGACAGACAAUGACGAUCGUGGAACAGGAAACUGGGAGGCAACAUAUUUCAUCUCAAACGACCCUUACAGGAAGUUUGCUGUUACAACAGACAGUAUCACCAACCAAGGCAUUCUGAUGGUGGUGAAGCCUCUGGAUUAUGAAACACAGAAUGAGUACAUCCUGUUUCUGACAGUGGAGAAUGUAAAUCCACUGAGCGACAAGGCUCCUAAUAUGCCAGUGAGCAGUGCAGCAGUUGUAAUCACAGUUGUCAAUGAGAAUGAAGCUCCACAUUUUAGGGAAGACCCAAUACAUAUUGUUGUACCUGAGUCUGUAGCUCCUGGAACACUUCUGAAAAGCAACAUUGCAUUUGACCCUGAUAAUUCUGAUUUGAGGUAUGAGAUAAGUAGAGAUCCUGAGAGGUGGCUGGACAUCAACAGGCAUACAGGAGACAUUACUGCAAAGAGAACCUUCAACAUGCGAUCACAACAUGUUCAAAAUAACAUCUAUAUCGCUACUGUCAAAGUUACAGAUGUUGGUGGUGUGUCAACCACUGCCAAUGUGGCUAUCACACUCAAGGAGAUCAAUGACUUCCCCCCAAACCUCUUUCCACUGAGUGGUACCGUGUGCAACGAUGCACGAAGAGUGGGUACUGGAUUGGUGCUAACUGCUGAAGAUGGUGACCUUCCUCCACAUGCUGCACCAUUCUUCUUUGAAAUAUUUGAUGAAGAUUCACUCAACUGGACUGUCACUCAAGUAAAUGACACCCAUGCAAUUCUGCAGCCUCUUGUAGAACUGGAGGAUGGAGAAUAUCCAGUCACAAUUUUGGUGUCAGACUCUGGAAACCCAAUCCUCAGCGCUUACACAAAGAUUAAUGUCACAUUGUGUCUCUGUGACUCGUUCGGUGACUGUAAGUCUGAGGUUGAGGCAGUAUUCGGCUCCAGUAUGGGGAUAAACCUCAUUGCUCUUAUUAUCAUCAUGGCCAGUAUUGGCUUCCUUGUAUUAUUGCUCUUCUUAGCUGCGGUGAUUCACUCUUGUGGGAGACGCCAUCAUAUCAAGAAAGGAUCCGGACUGCUUGUUGGGGAAUCAGAAGAUGACGUCCGGGACAAUGUUCUGAACUACAAUGAGCAAGGAGGUGGUGAGGAAGAUGAGAACGCCUUUAACAUUGACCUGCUGUGGAAUCCCUUUGAUGUGCCCUUGACCCCUAUGCCAUACUACCCAGUCUCUGGUGUUCCUCGAGGCAAGCAGCCUGUCAGGAGAGAUGCUCCACAUAAUCUGCCUUCACCCACCUACCCCCGAAGACCCCCAGCAGAUCCCACUGACAUUGAGGAAUACAUCAGUGAUGGUCUGGAUGCUGCAGAUAAAGAUCCUAACGUGCCUCCUUAUGACACAGCCCUGAUCUAUGACUAUGAAGGAGAGGGCUCGCUGGCAGGUAGCCUCAGCUCCAUUGCGUCUGGCAGCUCAGAUGAAGAUCAGGACUAUGAUUAUCUCAAUGACUGGGGACCACGCUUUCAGAAACUGGCCAACAUGUAUGAUCCACGUUAGUUGGGAAGUUGAUCUUUAAAAAGAAGCUUUGAGUGAUUCAAUACCAGAAGCAAAACACUCCAUGCCCUUGGGUGUUUCACAGGAAAAGUAUGGAUAUUAUUUGCCAUCACUGUGUGCCAAAAGGUGCCAUGUUGUACCAUUGGUUUUAAACAAGUGAGAUAAUCCCAAAUAAUUAUUUGUAAAUAUUUUGAUACAACUUCACAGUAAAAAACACUGUAUGUACUUCUUAAAACCUUGACAGGGAUGCUCAGGAAAUGAAAAUCAUUUUUGUGGGACUGUUAGGCGCACUUAAAAUCCUUUAUUUUCCCGAAAAAUGAACAGUGCGUUUUAUAAUCCAGUGUGCUCUAUGUAUGAAUUCUGAUUGUGCUUCAUGAAUGUUAAAGCAUAACUGUAUUAUACUGCUCCAGUACAGUGCUCAGGACUCAAAUUGAUCAUUCAUCAAACCCAUAAAUAAAACAAUAAAAGAAAACAAAUUAUUGUAAGCAAUAAUUGCAACGCUAAAAGGAACAAAUGAAAAAUGCAGUACAUUGAUGCACUUAUGCGCCUUAUAAUCUGGUAGGUUUUUUUCAGUCCGAAAAAUAUGAUAAGUAGUAGCAGUGCAUGCUGCAGGGUAAAGUGUUUUGUUGAAGUGUGUA